GCUUUUUGUUCCUCUAAUUUGUCACGUGUUCAUGAAUCAUUGCAGAGAGGAGGGCGCACGUCUCUGUGUUCAAGGUUCCUCACCAUGGAGCUGGCGCACAGUCUCCUGCUUAAUGAAGAUGCUUUGGCCCAGAUCACCGAAGCAAAAAGGCCCGUCUUCAUCUUCGAAUGGCUCCGGUUUUUGGAUAAAGUGCUUGUGGCAGCAAAUAAGGUGACUAUUCAGAUUUUUAGCUUUUCUGACUGUGUUAAUGCACUGUUACACAUUUCUUGCAGUGCUGCAGUGGCAUGUGUUGGGGCUUUUUAUGAGAAGAUGGGGAGGAUGCUGGGAAGCUCCUUUCCAGAUACCAUCAAUAAUCUUUUAAAGGCAUUAAAGAGUGCAGAGUCACAAGGUAGAGGAGAGAUCCUUCUGAGUCUGCAGAAGGUGCUCAGCGGACUGGGUGGAGCUGCAGCUUCUUGUCACAGAGACAUCUACAAGAAUGCUCGCUCUCUGCUUACAGACAGGUCCAUGGCUGUACGCUGUGCAGUAGCAAAGUGCCUGUUGGAGCUACAAAAUGAGGCUGUAUUCAUGUGGACCACUGAACUGGAGAACGUCGCUACUUUGUGUUUCAAGGCCUUGGAAGGGUCUAACUAUGGCGUUCGGGUAGCCGUAGCGAAACUGCUGGGGACGGUUAUGGCCACGGCCCUGAUGCCCAAACAAGCAGCUGAGGCAGUAGUGAAUGAUAUCAGUGGGGAGAACAAGGCAGGGGCAGGUGAUGUCUCUGCCAGCCAGCAUGUUAUGGUGUGUGCUUUAAAAGAGCUGGGCAGUUUGGUUCAGAGUUUGAGUGCCACAGCUUCACCACUCAUCCAGGAGCCUUCUGUAGGACUCCUUGAAACCGUGACCUCAGUGCUGCUGCACCCAAGCAUGGCAGCACGUUUGGCAGCUGCAUGGUGCUUGCGUUGCGUCGCCGUUGCGCUACCCUAUCAGCUCACCCCUCUGCUGGACCGCUGUGCUGAGAGAAUCAACAACCUGAAGAGUUCGCCUGAGGCUGUAAGCGGUUACAGCUUUGCGAUGGCUGCUCUGCUGGGAGGCGUGCACCAGUGUCCACUGGGUAUCCCCCACACCAAGGGCAAGUUGGUGGUGAGUAUAGCUGAAGACCUUCUGCGAACAGCUGCUCAGAACAGCCGUCUGUCCCUGCAGCGCACGCAGGCUGGAUGGCUUCUGCUGGGAGCCCUGAUGACUUUGGGCUGCAGAUGUUAGACCACUUUGCAGAAUGCAUAAAGCAGGCUAAAGGAGUUCGACAGCAAGCCGUCCAACUCAACAUCUUUACUGCAGUCCUUUCUGCCCUCAAGGGUUUGGCUGAGAAUAAGAGCACUCUUGGGCCUGAGGAGGUGCGUAAAUCAGCUCUGGCCCUGGUGAUGGGAGCUUUGGACAACCCUAAUCCCAUCCUGCGCUGUGCUGCUGGAGAGGCCCUGGGGAGGAUGGCUCAGGUGGUCGGAGAGGCAACCUUCAUUGCCAGAAUGGCGCAGACCAGUUUUGAUAAGCUGAAGUCAGCUCGUGAUGUAGUUUCAAGGACGGGCCAUUCACUGGCUCUCGGCUGUCUGCAUCGAUAUGUUGGAGGAAUUGGCUCUGGCCAGCACUUAAAGACCAGUGUCAGCAUCUUGCUGGCUCUAGCCCAGGAUGGCUCUUCACAUGAAGUCCAGACUUGGGCUCUGCACUCUCUGGCUCUAAUUGUGGAUUCAAGUGGUCCCAUGUACAGAGGCUAUGUGGAGCCUACACUGUCUCUGGUGCUCACCCUGCUCCUCACUGUGCCCCCGUCUCACACAGAGGUUCACCAGUGUCUGGGCCGCUGCCUGGGAGCUCUAAUCACUACUGUGGGACCAGAGUUGCAGGGAAAUGGAGCCACUAUUUCCACCAUCCGCUCGUCCUGCCUGGUUGGUUGUGCCAUAAUGCAGGACCACUCAGACUCUCUUGUGCAGGCAGCUGCUAUCUCAUGUUUGCAGCAGCUGCAUAUGUUUGCUCCACGACACGUUAACCUGUCCAGCUUGGUGCCGUGUCUCUGUGUGCACCUGUGCAGCUCUCACCUGUUGCUGCGUCGUGCUGCAGUGGCCUGCCUGAGACAGCUUGCUCAGAGAGAAGCUGCAGAGGUCUGCGAGUACGCCAUGAGCCUGGCAAAGAGAGCGGGAGACAGCAAAGACAGCACUGCAAUCAAUCUAAACAUCACAGAGACGGGUCUGGAGGGCGUUCUGUUUGGCAUGCUGGAUCGGGAGACGGACAGGAAGCUGUGCUCAGACAUCCAUGACACACUCGGCCACAUGCUGUCGUCUUUGGCCGUAGAAAAACUUUCCCAUUGGCUGAAACUCUGCAAGGAUGUUCUUGCAGCAACUACAGAUGUAGGGGGCGCUGUUGUGUUUGAGGUGCAAAAGGACGAGGAAGACUCGGAGAAAAAAGACGAGAUGGACGAUGACACAAUGUUCACGGGUCUGGGCGAAGACGACAAAUCGAAGCCAUCUGUGGCGCCGCGCUGGGUCACACGGGUGUUUGCAGCAGACUGUUUGUGCCGCAUCAUCCUGCUGUGUGAGAAUGCAGACAAAACACACUUUGACCUGGCAGCUGCUCGUUCGGCGCAGGCCAAGAAUGUGAAAGGAGAUCUGCUGGUGCUCCAUUUAUCUGACCUCAUCCGCAUGGCUUUCAUGGCAGCCACAGACCACAGCAACCAGCUGAGGAUGGCUGGCCUGCAGGCCUUGGAAGACAUCAUUAAAAAGUUUGCGUCCGUACCAGAGCCCGAGUUCCCGGGGCACGUUAUCCUGGAACAGUACCAGGCCAAUGUUGGAGCUGCUCUCAGACCUGCGUUUUCACCUGACACGCCGUCCGACAUUACAGCAAAGGCAUGCCAGGUGUGCAGUACGUGGAUCGGCAGUGGCGUUGUCAGUGACCUCAACGACCUGCGGCGAGUCCACAACCUGCUUGUGUCGUCGCUGGACAAGGUGCAGGCUGGGAAAGGCUCGUCCAGUCAGCUGUAUAGUGAGAGCGCUACCACGAUGGAGAAACUGGCAGUGCUGAAGGCGUGGGCUGAGCACUACCGAAGCUCCUGGGCUCCUGUCCUGCAUGCUGUAGCCCUGUGGCUGAACAGCACUGGGUUUGGAGCAGGUGUAGGUCAGGAGGAGGUCUCAUCAGCUCCCUCCAAGCCUCCUGGCCUCCCCCAGGGAGGCUCCUCCACUAUAAAGACCUUUGAGGAGUCUGUCAAAGACAGGAUGCAUCUAAUGUUAGGUGUCAGUAUAGAGUUUCUCUGCUUUCCCCGCCCUGAAGAGCCUAUUGAACAUGUGAUGUCGUGCCUGCGGGCCCUGUGCACUCUGCUCGAGACUCCUUGUGCUAAAACACAUAUUGCAGAUGACCAGAUGCUGGCUGUGGAGCUCCUGAACGUGCUUCACAGGCUUCUGUUGACCCGGGAUCCACCUGCUGUCCAGCUUCAGGUCACUGCUGUUGUCCAGGAGACAAAGAGAGCGUCAUGGUUUUCAGCCCAUUGUUUACAUUUUAUUUUUGCCUUAUUAGGAAGCAUGACCAUCCUACCUACAGUGCUUUUCCUCGUCACCGGAGUUCUGAAGGAAACUGCAGUAAAGACUCCUGACAACUCGGUGCCAGUGCCUGUGGCAGCUGCCCUCCAGAGCAUUAAGACCAUCUUCACCUCCCCAAUAGCCCGGAUGGAGAGCGUGCAGACGCAGUGGACCAGCCUUGUGAGGAGCAGCCUGGCAUCUGUACUUGAGUAUUCGCAGCCAGAUGAGUCCAGGCCUGACAUGGAUGAGGUCAGUAUGCUGACAGCGAUCACACUCUUCCUGCUGUCAGCCAGCAGUGAGCUUGUAGGAGUGACUGUCCUGCAAAAGGGCUGCAUGGACCACUUCCGAAAUGCCCUCAACUCUAGUGACCCCUGGGUUCAGGCUCGGUGUUACCAGCUGCUGUUGUCGGUGUUUCAACACUCCAGCCGUGCCCUCUCUACUCCCUACAUACACGCUCUGGCUCCACUCAUGGUGGAGAAGCUGAAGGCAGUGGAGCGCAGCCGCCCAGGGACGGCUGCUGAGCUGCAGGCUGUGCAGGAGGGAAUCAGGGUCCUAGAGAAUCUGGUCGGCAUGGGUGAAGAGCAAAACCGGGUGCAGCUGCUCGCUCUCCUUGUACCGACUCUCGUCUCUUACCUUUUGGAUGAAAAUUCCAUCUCCUCUGCACCCCAAGUCUCCAAAGGCCUGCACGAGUUUGCACUUCAGAACUUGAUGCGGAUCGGCCCCCUCUAUCCGGCUGCCUUCAAGAUAGUGAUUGGAGCGGCACCUGAGCUGAAAACCCGUCUGGAAUCUGCUAUACGGGCCAACCAAGCCAGCAGCAAAGCCAAAGCUGCAGCCAGGCAAGCUCAGCCAGCAGUGCAAGCUGCACCAACCAUUAAACUCAAGACGAGCUUCUUCUGAACACUCCAAAAUGCACCGCACACUCUCAACUAAUCUUUUCUUCUUUGGAUUUCUUUCAACACUGUACCACAUGUCAUGUCUGUAUCAGUUAUGCUUUCUAACUGCAUUUAUUUAUUCUACAUCUCUUCUUUGUUUUGAUGGACGAGUACUCCCCUCAAAGAACGUUUAUGUAAAUAUCUUUGAAAGCCUUUGAAUGUUCACUUUAAAAAGCUUGCUAUAAAUUUUGUAGCAAAUUUUAAUUGUGUGAAUGUAUCAUUUCCAGACCACACAAUUUACAUUUUACUUUCUUUUUUUUUUUUGUUCCCCCGUCACCAAACCCAGCUCCCUAUGGAAGUUUGUUUCUGACACUUUUUUCAGGCAGAGCUAAAUUGAAAUUUGAAAAAGUCAUCUCAAAACUUACUUACGAAGUAUGUUUUCAGGUACAAACCAUGACUUUUGACUUACAGAGGGCAAAAAAUAAAUAAAUAAAUCAGGUGGCAGAAAUAAAAUUCCAGAAAAAGUCAAUAUUUGCUCUACAAUUUUCCCUGAUUUUAUUUUAUUUUAUUUUAUUUUUUAGGAGGCCUUGGGGUCUCCAGGUUGUUACUGAUGAAUGUUACUUUAAUUUCUUAUGUUUUGUGUAUUUUCUCAAAUUAUGUUGUAAACCUUCCUACUAAUUGCUCAAAGGCAUAGCUAAUAAAUUAAAGUUGAUCAAACCAGUAUCGAGACUAAAAUUAGAACUAAAUGAUAAAUGCAUUAUAUUUUUCACUAAGACUCUCCAGUUAUCUGCACACCAAUCAACAAAUAAAUAAAUAUAUAUAUAUAUGUAUAUAUAAGUACUGGUCAUCACAUAGAUUUUAUUUUUUUUUUUGUUCUGAUAAAUACCCGUGUUUACUGCCUGCAUGUGCUGGUGUUCACCAAUGUCAUCAAUAACUGGCACAUUUGUGUGAAUGUAAUGUUACACUCAUUUUUUUUUCCAAAAUAUGAAUAAACUUAUUUUGACCUCA